AUGGGGAACCGGUACAACAUUAUGAUGUGUAUUGUUGCCAAAUCUGUUAAUGCCGCCUUAAAGGAAGCUAGAGAACUUCCCGUUAUAUCGCUGCUGGAGUCUAUCCAAACGACCUUGCGGACAUGGUUUGCAAUGAGGCGAGAGGCUGUGAAUGCUGAGACAUCCCCAUUACCUCCAAAGGUACGCCAACUUAUUCGUCAAAACUUAGAGAUCUCCGAGGGUUUUACAGCUCAGCGUGUUGAUGCAUUUGAGUAUGAUGUGAGGGGAGAUGUUAGACGACGUUCAUUCCAUGUCAAUCUAAAGCGAAAGACAUGCACUUGCCGGGAGUAUAAUUUGUUGGCUAUACCAUGCUCGCACGCCUUAUGUGCCGCUGUGGCUGAGGGUGUUGCGAUCCAUGAGCUUGAUGGUCUGGACUACCCUACGGGCUAA